AUGCAACAGGCCAUUGCACCAGAGGUGCUCAUGCGCUUCAGGUUGAGUUGUUGGGAACUGGAAGUUAACAGUGACAGUGACAGUGACAGUGACCGCACAGUCACAAAGCCUGCAGGUACGUGCGGCACGUUCAGGAUCGUUAUUCCUCUUAACCUCUCGAGCUCCCAACAGCCCGACCUAAAGCGCAUGAGGACCUGGUGCAAUCGCUGGGGGAGGGUGGUCUCCCUGCGCGCGAGCCACCCAGGAAUCCCUCAGGAUGCUUCUCACGCGCAGCUUGAAGGCAAUGAAACGUCGCCACCAUUUCAUCCCCACGCAAAUCGGCCGGAGAGGCUUACAACCAGGUUGCCGAGUGUUGCGAGGCAGGCCACGCAUGUGUGCAUAUCAAAGGCUAGUAGCAGUAGCUCCCAGCGGAUGAACGUCACUUCCCGGUCACAAUCACACAAAGCAGCAGCAGGAUGCAAAGCGGUGGCCGAAUUCUUAUCUUAG